UACCGCCAGAGAUUUGGGAUCCACCACACGCCAAGAUCAUUCAGCAAAAUGAAGAUCACAUUUCUCUCCUCAGUUCUUCUGGGUUUGUUCUGCCAUGUCCUAGCUGAUUUUGGAGGUGGUGAUUUUGGCGGAAAUGGUGGCUUCCAAGGACCUAGCCAACUACCUGGUGGAAAUCAAGGAAAUCUAGGUGGAUAUAGUCAAGGAAGUCAAUUUACUCAAGGAAAUCAGUUUAAUCAAGGAAAUCUAGGUGGAUUUGACCAAGGAAAUCAAUUUACUCAAGGAAAUCAAUUUUCCCAAGGAAAUCUAGGUGGAUUUGACCAAGGAAAUCAAUUUAAUCAAGGAAAUCUAGGUGGAUUCGACCAAGGAAACCAAUUUAAUCAAGGAAAUCUAGGAGGCUUUGAUCAAGGAAAUUUUAAUCAACAAGAUUUUGGAUCCAACGGAAAUAAUCUUGCCCAACAAGAUUUUGUACAAGGAGGCUACCAAAGUGUAGGACAAGAUAACGGUUACUAUCAACAAGGUUUCAGAACAAAUGGAAAUUACCUACCAGCACAAAAUAAUGGUUUCAAUCAAGGUCCACCAGGAAUACAGCAAGGACCACCAGCUGCAGCAGCAUUUCAGCAAGGACCGCCAACAUUUCAACAAGGACCGUCAGCAUUUCAACAAGGACCGCCAGCAUAUCAACAAGGACCGCCAACAUUUCAACAAGGACCGCCAGCAUAUCAACAAGGACCGCCAACAUUUCAACAAGGACCGCCAGCAUAUCAACAAGGACCACCAGCAUUUCAACAAGGACCGCCAGCAUUCCAGCAAGGGGCUCCAGGACCAUCAGUAGUCCAACAAGGACCACCAGCAGAAGUACCACAAGGUCCUCCUGCUCAGCCAGCAUACAACGGUGGGUCUGUGGCCACAGCAAGUUCUCAGGCGUACAGUCAAUCGUUAGCCCGAUCAGGACCACCUGCUGCUGCACAACCUGAUGACACCCCAAGCCCUAAAAUUGGAACAUGCGGUGCUGGAAAUCUUAAAAGAAAGCAGAAAAAGUCUAAAUCAAAGAAAGGAUCAGGCAAAGGCAGUUCUUCCAGCUCCAGCGGUGCCGAUGCGAAUACAAGAGCAGACAGCAGUUCUUCCCAAGAUAACGCAAGUGCUCAGAGCGCGGCUUAUCCCCAAAGUUACUCAAAUGGUUACUCCAUUCCAGAUAACAGAAUCAAAUCCUUCAACUAUGGACCAGCUGGAAGGUACUCACCUAACUUGCCUUCUGGACCUCCAGAUGGCCCUGGUGGUUUUGCAUAUGGACGUGGUUUAGGUCCUGGAGCUGGUGCAGGUCCUACGGGAUACGGACGAAAUCUACCUUCCGGCCCUGGAGGUGGUGCUGGUGGUUUUGGAGCUGGACGUGGUGCAAGUUCUGGACUUGGCGGAGGACCAGGUGCUGGAGCUUUAAAUGGUAUGAGAGGUGCUGGUCAAGGAGCUGGUAGCAAUUACGCUUCGUCAGCAGCUGGUGCCGGUUCAAGAGCUGCAGGAGCUGGUGGAGGAGCAUCAGCUGCAGCUGGUUCCGCUGCAGGCGCUGGAAGUGGAGCAGCAUCUAGUGGAGCUGGUGCAGCAAGCGGGGCUUCUGGAAGAGGAGUUGGAGCUGCAGGUGGUGCGGCUGGAGCAGGACGCAAAGCAGCAAGCGGUGCUGCUGGUAAAGGAGCUGGAGCUGCAGGUGGUGCUGCUGGAAAGGGAGCUGGAGCUGCAAGUGGUGCUGCUGGAAAGGGAGCUGGAGCUGCAGGUGGUGCUGCUGGAAAGGGAACUGGAGCUGCAGGUGGUGCUGCUGGAAGGGGAGCUGGAGCUGCAGGUGGUGCUGCUGGAAGGGGAGCUGGAGCUGCAGGUAGUGGUGCUGGAGCCGCUCGUGGUGCUGCUGGAAGGGGAGCUGGAGCUGCAAGUGGUGCUACUGGGGCCGCUGGUGGUGCUGCAGGAGCCGCAGGUGGCCUUUAGGCGGAAGAUGCAGAAGAAUGCUAUCUACCUGUGUCUGAAGUAACGUGGAUGACUCAGUGGACUUCAGUGUCAUUACAUAAUUCUCUCUAAGAAUUUUUUGUAUUUAUACCUUGUGAUGAUACUUUACAUAGGCUUUGAAAAUUAUAGUUGAAGUUACUUAUGUAUUCGAUACACUUAUGAUGUCAGUAUCACCAGCACUGAUUUAAAUAAAAUCUGAUCGACAGCAA